UGUAAGUAUGGCGUAUGUAUGGCGUAUUUGAUAUUUUUAUAGGUGAAAUAUAGCUCACACGAGCCGUUACAGAGUAAGUGCUGCGCAUUAGCUCCGAUACUCACGCCCCUGUCAUUCCUCUUGUUCUCUGAGUCCCUGCUGGAGAUAUGGCAGACACAAAGGUUUGGUUUAUUACCGGCGCAUCAUCAGGAUUCGGGAGAUCAGUGACUGAACUAUUGCUCAACAAAGGCGCCAAAGUCAUAGCGACUCUGCGCCAACUAGAUGCCCUAUCAGAUCUAUCGGCACAAUUUCCCUCCCAGCUCUUAGUCAUUCAACUUGACGUGACGAACAGCGCGGGAGUAACGGCCGCAUUUGCCAAAGCAAAAGAAGUUUUUGGAAGGAUUGACGUUGUAUUGAAUAAUGCAGGUCAAUGUGUCAUAGGAGAAAUGGAGUCCGUGAGCGAGGAAGGCGCCCGCCAGAUGUUCGAAGUAAAUUUCUGGGGUGCUAUGCAUGUGAGCAAGGAAGCGGUGAAGUUCUUCCGAGAAGUGAACAAUCCAAUUGGUGGGAGACUGCUGCAGGUCUCGUCAAGGUUGGGAUUGGUUGGCGGCCCUGCAACCGCCUUUUACAGUGCAUCAAAAUUUGCGCUAGAAGGUCUGAGCGAGUCCUUGGCAAAUGAACUCGAUCCUGCAUGGAACAUAAAGGUCACAAUAAUCGAGCCAGGUCCAUUCCGCACCAAGAUAUUCAAAGAGAACCAAAUUGUGGCUCCCCAGCACCCUGCUUACGCCAAUCCUGGCUUGCCCGGCUCCCAAGUUCGGCAGUUCAUCACGUCGGACAACAUCAAUGGAGACGCAGACAAGGCGGCGGUAGCCAUUGAGAAGUUGAGCCACCUUGAUGAAGUUCCUAUGCGUCUGCCACUCCACCGAAAGGUCAUUGUUUCAACAAGGGACAAAAUUAAGAGCCUGACUGAGGAUGUGAAUAACUUUGAAAGUUGGUCUGAAGAUCUUUACCUUUAAAAAUUCAAUGCAUAUACAUAAACGUGUAGCCAGCAAUCUUGUUACUCAUUUCAACUGUGUUUCAUACAACGUCUACGGUCAAUUUUUCUUUAGAUUCAAAGCUCACCUUGGUGUGCCGAUAACUUUGUCAGUCUCCUGAAACAUCUUCCGAAUGUAUCGCAUCAAUCGUUCGAGCCCUGCGUCGACGGAAGUCCAAAGUUUGUGGUCCGACGUACGGUUGCCGACUUUGCGUUCUGCAAACAGCUGUACGUUAUUAGUCCCGACUGUACGUUUUAGGAAAACUCCGCCACAAAGAUGCUCGUCCCAAAUUGGAC